GGUUGUGUUCAGGCCCCCCCCCGCUCCAGUUCCCCACCUCCUUACCAGUGGAGACCGGAAGCUGUGACCCGCUCAGAAUUUGAGAGGAUUGAGGAAACAGAACCAGAAAAAUGAGAAAGGCGGCCCGCUGACCUCAGCCAUCAUGAACGAGAGUCAUACCGCCAAGAGAAGAUUCUCACAAGCUUCGUGUGACGAAGGAAGAGAAGAAAAUAUGCCUAAAAAAGGUCUUUCCCUUGAAUCGACGCAUUUUCCCCGCCUGGACAGAUACAAGCAGGCAAAGCACUUAUCGGAAAAGGCCAUCAAGGAAAAGAAAAUCUUUACCAUCUUCGGGCAUUACCCAGUCAUCCGGGCUUGUCUCCGAAAAAGAGGUUGGGUGGAGAAGAAAUUUCAUUCCCUGUACAAAGGAGGGCAGGAUGGAAGCCACAGCGUUCACCGAAGAAGGAAAGACGAGAACCGCCCUGACCGCAGAGAAGAGAACGGAAGUUUUUGCGACGAGUCACACGGCAUCCACGAUGUGAUGUCUAGGUUGGUGAAGGAUGAAACCCCUUACCUUCUCUGGACGAUCAGAAGGGACGUAAUAGACGCCCACGGCUUGCACUGCGACCAGAUGCUGAAUCACUACGGGAAGACGAGCUCCUUCACCACCAAGAUUGGACUGUGCCUGAAUCUGAGGGAUCUGCCGUGGUACGUGCAGGCCAACCCAAACGCCUUCUUCCCUCGCUGCUACAAUCUCUGCACCGAAGACGAGAAGCAGGAUUUUCUGGAUGAUUUCCGGCAGACGGUGGCUUCCAGUAUACUCAAAUGGGUGGUCAGCAACCACACAUGUGGCAAAAGCAAGCAGAAGACCAGGAAAGAAGGGCGCGGCCAUGAAGACCAGUGCAGGAAAACAGAUGCCGCUUCCUGGGAGGAAAAGAAGCGGAAGUGCCUCCCCGGUAGACUGAUAGACGCCGCGUGCCAGGUGUGCGAGACCUACCUGGGACGCCUGGAGCACCGGGACAUCGACGGCGCCGCGGACGGGCCGGAGGGGCCGGACGGGCCCGUUUCCCUCAGCGAGCCCCAGUGGGCCGAGCUGAUCGAGCAGUAUUACUGCCUCAUUCAUGAUGAUGCUUUUAUUUGUAAUUCAAGGGAUUACAUUCCACAGUGCCAGACUAUACUGAAUAAAAUCACGUCAGUCAACCCACAGCUGGAAAUCGACGGCAUGCAAAGUAUCUGGAUUAUAAAGCCCGGGGCGAAAUCACGGGGCAGAGACAUCGUAUGCAUGGACCGGGUGGAAGACAUCUUGAAGCUGGUGAGCUCCGCGGACCAGGCCUCCUCCAAGGACAAGUGGGUGGUCCAGAAAUACAUCGAGACCCCGCUGCUCAUCUACGACACCAAAUUUGACAUCCGCCAGUGGUUCCUCGUCACCGACUGGAAUCCCUUGACCGUUUGGUUCUACAAAGAGAGCUACCUCAGGUUUUCCACUCAGCGGUUUUCCCUGGACAGUUUGGACAGCUCGAUCCACCUCUGCAACAACUCGGUCCAGAAGCACCUGGUCAACGCGGCGGACCGGAGUCCCCAGCUGCCCGCCUACAACAUGUGGACGAGCACCCGCUUCCGGGAGUACCUGCAGCGGAAGGGGCGAGGUGGCGUCUGGCAGGCCGUCAUCUACCCGGCCAUGAAGAAGGCCGUGGGCCACGCCCUGAAGGUGGCCCAGGACCACGUGGAGCCGCGGAGGAACAGCUUCGAGCUGUACGGCGCCGACUUCAUCUUGGGCAAGGACUUCCGGCCCUGGCUGAUCGAGAUCAACUCCAGCCCCACCAUGCUUCCGUCCACCCCGGUCACCGCCCAGCUGUGCGCCCAGGUGCAGGAGGACACCGUCAGGGUGGUGAUCGACCGGAAGCUGGACCGGAACUGUGACAUCGGGAACUUCGAGCUGCUGUGGAAACAGCCGGUGGUCGCGCUCCCCCGCUUCAGCGGGUCAAACCUUUGCGUGGAAGGGGUCGGCCUCCAGAAGUCCAGAAAGCCCCCGGCGUCCAUCUGCACGGUCAACCUGCUGGGGCAGCUGGCUAGCACCCAGGGCCCGCGGGGUCCGGUCGCGGCGGGCGGCCGAACCCACGCGCCCGAGCCGGUCCGGCCGAGGGCCGCCCGCCAUCCCGGGAAGUGGGAGGGGGAGAAGGUGGUCUCCUACAGCCUGCCCGAGCCCGGCCGGGACCCCCCGGACAGAAGCUGCAGAGCCUCCAAGGUGGAAUUUCCGGCUUUUCCCUUCCGGCCCGAAGAGAGAAUCUCCUGGGGCCUCCGGGGGCUCCCGGCGGCCCGGCUCCAGAACCCCCCCGGCCUCUGUGCCCCCUUCAGCCCCUCGGCCCUGGUGCUCCGGAACCUGAAGAUCCGAGACGGACCCUGGUUCCGGCCGGCCAGGGGAUCAGGUUUCCCACGCAGUUUGAAGAAGAACACUUGCCUCGUGUGCAGAGGCACCUUCCAGCUGGAAAAGACGUGCAAACACUGCAGCUCUUUCCACGCCACCAUCUUCCAAGAAGGUACCUUCAUCCCCCUAACCGCCCAGGGCUCCCCGGUGAAGAAGAGCGCGAACAGCGCCUGGAGCACCCAGAGGACCCCCCGGCCCUAGGAGACCCCAGACCCAUUCCGUUUCUACAGAGAGACGCCCACCCCCUCCCGCCCCCCUCUGAUGCUGCUUUGGACAAGGGACGUGAGCCCCAAGAUGACAUUUGCUUCUCCAAUUCUUUCUGGCCUCCCGGUCAAUCCCAAGAUGGUGAAAUUGGGAGCCCCAGGGCAUGGGAAGCUUUGCUCCAGGACCUCCCCCCCCCCCAGAUGGGGUGGCAAGAGUGAACUAGCCAGGAAGGAACUGUGGGAAUUUCCUUCCCUGAAGACUUCCGGCACGUCAACCCCUAAAGAUGUCCUGCUCUCUCGCGGUCCAAGCCCCAAGUCUCCCCAGCUCCCCAUGGCCGGGCCCGGAGUCCCGGUGUCGAAGGUGACCUUGGGGAUCUAAAAGGUUCCACUUCCCAGUUUAGGGUUCCACCCACCUCCCUCGACACCCGCCCCGUCCUCGGGUUGAAUAGGAAACCGAGUCAGGCUCUCCGACGUGUCGGUAGAUCUGGGUUUGGCAAGACCCCAGCAACGAAAGAAGCCUCGGAGUUAACUUUCCCUCUGAAUCCCAGGACCCAGGGCCUCACAGCCGGGAGUUCGGCCCUAGGGAAAGGGGGGCUGGGUUAGGUCUGGAUGGACGGGGGUCAGCAGGAUGGGGAGAAGGCUGGGUGCUGCAGGGGGCGAAUCCUAUGAAAUCCAGAGCGCUAAGUGACACUGGGAUCCCGGAGUGGAUUGUGAACGGACCCCCACUUCUCCUUGGAAUUGGAGCCCCCAGCUCUGUCCCUGGAUUGCAGAGGGGCCAGACAACUCGGCCGGCGGGCCUACGUCUUUCCAAGACCCUGUGUCCAUCCCAACGGGGCCCAGAUCCUCGGACUCAGAGACCCCCCGGAUCCUCGGCCUGGCUCUCCUGGGUGGGGGCUUUCUCCCAGUGACGGUAGCCACAGUGGGGAUUUCACCGGCCCCGGGAGGAAGUGGACACCAGAGCCGAGAGGCCCCGGGGCGGGCAACCUUCCUUGCGAGGAUGGGACCACGCUCGAUGGUUAUCGACGAACCCCGGGCACUGUGGCCUGGAGACCAAUUUCCCACCAAUCUCCCUUCCGAAAUAAAAACGACCCAUUCAGAUCCUGCGAUUGCUGCUGAACGAGGGGAAUAAAUUGACUGAUCGUCUUUGUCGAC